CCCGGGCUCUCCCGGCGCGGAGUGGGAGGCAGCCCGCGGUGGCCCCCACCCGGGCAACUCUCGGUCGCUCUGCGCGGCUGUCCCGGCGAGAACGCCAUGACCUGGAGCGCCACCGCCCCGGGUGCCCACCAGCCCGACAACACGGCGUUCACGCAGCAGCGCCUCCCCGCCUGGCAGCCGCUGCUGUCCGCCAGCAUCACGCUGCCGCUCUUCUUCUGCGUGGGCCUGGCCUUCAUCGGCCUGGGCCUGGGCCUGUACUACUCGUCCAACGGGAUCAAGGAGCUCGAGUACGACUACACCGGGAACCCGGGCACCGGCAACUGCUCCGUGUGCGCCCUGGCCCUCCAGAGCCGCGCGCCGCGGCCCAACUGCUCGUGCGACUGGUGCUUCUCGCUGCCCGAGCCCUUCCCGGGCCCGGUGUACCUGUACUACGAGCUGUCCAACUUCUACCAGAACAACCGGCGCUACGGCGUGUCCCGCGACGACGCGCAGCUCAGCGGGCUGCCCAGCGCGCUGCGCCACCCGGUCAACGAGUGCGCCCCCUACCAGCGCAGCGCGGCCGGCCUGCCCAUCGCGCCCUGCGGCGCCAUCGCCAACAGCCUCUUCAACAAAUCCUUCUCGCUUCGGCACCAGCGCCAGCCCGGCGGGCCCUACGUCGACGUGCCGCUCGACCGCAGCGGCAUCGCCUGGUGGACCGACUACCACGUCAAGUUCCGCAACCCGCCGCUGGUGAACGGCAGCCUGGCGCUGGCCUUCCAGGGCACGGUGCCGCCGCCCAACUGGCACCGGCCGGUCUACGAGCUCAGCAGCGACCCCAACAACACCGGCUUCAUCAACCAGGACUUCGUGGUGUGGAUGCGCACGGCCGCGCUGCCCACCUUCCGCAAGCUGUACGCGCGCAUCCGCCAGGGCAACUACUCGGCCGGCCUGCCGCGGGGCGCCUACUGCGUCCGCAUCGCCUACAACUACCCGGUGCGCGCCUUCGGCGGCCACAAGCGCCUCAUCUUCAGCAGCAUCUCGUGGAUGGGCGGCAAGAACCCCUUCCUGGGCAUCACCUACCUGGUCGUUGGCUCUCUCUGUAUCGUCACCGGCUUUGUCAUGCUGGUCGUCUACAUUCGUUACCAGGACCAGGACGACGACGACGACCAGUGACGCCAGCCUUCCAAGGCCCUUUCUUGCUGUUGCCAAAAGCCUUACAAGUGUCUUUGGGCGUCUCCCCCUCUCCCUUUACCAAUUCCAAUUUCACCCUGCUUUUCCCGCCUCACCGUGGAUGAGCAGGCCCGGGAAAGGAGUUACCUCUGUUCUCUGGGGGCUUCCAGACUCUUGCUGGGAAGUGAAACAUCACUGCAGAUUCUCCCCAUCUCCUUCACGACUCGGGGGGUUGGCAUAUUAGGGUCUUUUUUCAGAUGUUCUCCAUUUUCUUCCUUCUGUUAAUUUUUUUUUUUUUCGUGUAUGACUUCUUACAUUUAAUUGACGUGCAUCUCUUUAGCAGGCAAUAUGGUUUCUCAAAGGCAUGCAGUACGUGAUAUACUAGGUUCUUAAAGUCGAGCAUUUGAGAGUGGAAGGGGGAGUAGAGACUCCUAUUCGAAUAGCCCCUAUGAGAUAGACAUGAGUGACCUGGAGAUGUUCGA